AUGCAUUUGUGGAAGUACUGGCAGAAAACGAGGAAGAGGCCGCCGCCGCCACCACCACCACCACCACCACCACCACCACCACCACCACCAUCACCACCACAAAGGCAGGAGGCUACAAAGGUAGAAGAACCUGAAGUGCCUGCAGCUGUCAUUGCGCCUGGGGGGAAAUGCUUUGUGUGCGGCAAAGCAGCUGGGCCAACAGGAUCACCUAUGGCAGCUCUUACAACCACCACAAAAAUCCAGCUUCAUCAAAAGCUGGGUAGAGUUAUAGGAGCAGAAUUGGAUCUUGUUGUUGAUGAAGAUGGAGUACUUUGCCAUGGCUGUUGUCGUCUACUGAACUACAUGGACCGAAUUGAAGUGGAGCAUAGAUUGCUCACAAAAUCAGUUUUGGACUGUAUGCGACGGACACUUGGUCUUGGUUACAUCCAAGGUGAUAAUCAUAUGCCUGAAGCUGUUCUCGCCAGCAUAGAAAAUUGCAGCAAAAACUCCAGAAUUCCUGCGGAGAAGCACGAUAUUUGCCUAGGCCUGCCUGAAAAGGAAACUUCUAAUGAAGCUGUGCCACGGAGUAAGACAGUGACAUCUAAUGGUGCUCUGUUACGGAGUAAGACGGUGGCUCAGAGUGAAAAAAAGAACCAAACAUUAGUUAUAGCCAGAGGGCCUGAAAAAAAGACUGAUGCUGAGCAGGAUAAGCAAAAUUAUCAGUGCAAAAUCUGCAACUUUCAAAGUAAACAUAAGUCAGUGUUCCUCUUCCAUUUGCAGAGACACCUUCAAAGUAGUUAUAGGUGUGAUUUCUGCUGUGAAUUAUUGCCAAAGGAUUUAAACUACUGGAUAGCGAAGAUGCAGAAACAGGCAAUGUAGAAACUGCCAACAAAAAUGUCAUUCCACAUACUAAAGCAUCAGAAAUGAGAGAUUAUGUGGAAACAAUGAUUGGAGAAAUACAUACUGCUGGCUUUGUUACUACAGUGAAACCUGUAACUCCUACUACACUAAGUGAAACAAAACAUAAGUAUCAUUUACGAAUAUGAGGAUGUGAGUAGUAUUGAGCAAGGGGCACUUAAUAUCCUUCUGACUUUCUAUGCUCACUUUGUUCACCUGUUGUGGUGAAAUUUUAGGACUUGGCAAAAAUACAGUAACAUGUCACCUAUCCAUAACUGGAGGAGGAGCAACUGGAUUAAUUGUACUUAAUUGGAUGAAGUUGAAGUCUUCUCAAUAAUCUCGCAGUUAACAUAAAUUCUCACAUCCAAUUUUGGUGGUGUAAUAGUUCCCAGAACAAGCUAGAGAGAGAGAGAGAGAGAGAGAGAGAGAGAGAGAGAGUAGUAGUAGUAGUAGUAGUAGUAGUAGUAGUCUACCACAUAGUAUGAAUGACAAAAAAGUAAGUAGUCUGUUGCAAUCAGUUGAAGACUUUAUAAAAUCACUGGGUUCAGGCUGGUGUUGUUGUUCUAGCUUUUGUUUGCACAUUUUUGUGACAAGUUAAUAACUUCGUAAAAAAAAUGGUACAAUACGAACUAUACAUGUUGUGAAUAUAGUUUAGUCAUUUAUAUUCAUGUAUGAGAAUGUUAACUUCUGUGUUGUUGAGAUUGGUAUCCUUAGUUUGACUAGGGGGUACUUUCAAUCCGCUUGUCAAAUCAGUUCUUGCACGUUUGUAGUUUCCAGGUCUAAGUUACGUAAGUUUUGUGUUCAAUAUCAGGAAUAACAAAUUAUAAAAGGAAUUUUGGUGUGGUU